CCUGGCACCUCCCACAGGUCUGUCUCCUUUCCCCACCCAGGAAGCUAAGCAACCAUUCCUGCUGGACUUGUCAGACCUGGACGAUGCAAGCUGUGGAUCUCUGUGUAGUGUCCUUUCCAGACUGCGACCAUCACCAUGGACCUCUCAUGGGCUCUGUCACUCUUCCUAGUCCUGGCAUUCCGAGCUGGGCUCCUCGCCCUCCAGCCAGCUUCUAGAUCUCAGCUACCCCCAGCCUCCUCCUCCACUUCAGACUCCAUGGCCUCCUCUCAAGGCUUUGUUUCCCAAGUCUCCUCCAGCCAGCCCUCCAGCUGGAACUUUUCUGAGCAGCCUCUGGGUUCAGAAGCAUCUGCUGGAAUCCAUAAUUCCAACUGGGUUCCUCCAGGGCUUAAUUCAAGCCAUGUGCCUGGAUCAUUCUGGACCAAUGUGACUUCCAAGGGACAGCAUCUCAGCCAUAAUGCCACCCUCUCUAAAAUCCCUCCUUCCAAGACUCCAACUGCGCAUAUAUCAUCAGCUCAAGUGCCAGAUACCAAAGUACCCACCAAGACCCCAGGUUCAAAGCUAUCCCUGGAGCAUCACCAUCUUGAACUUUCUGUACAGGACACUGAAUCCAAAGUUUCUUCAGAGACUCGCCAGGCUGCAAGCUUCACCCAGCAGGUGGGGGGACCCCUGGCUGUGCUAGUGGGAGCCACCAUCAGGCUUCCCCUAACUCCAGUCCCCAGCCCCAGGCCCCCUGCUCCUCUGGUGGUCUGGCGCCGAGGUUCCAAGGUGUUGGCAGCUGGGGGUCUGGGGUCACGGGCUCCACUGAUCAGUCUGGAUCCCAUGCAUCAAGCCCGCCUGAGAUUUGACCAGAUUCGAGGGGGUCUAGAGCUCACCUCUGCCCGGCUAGAUGAUGCAGGGGUGUACACAGUUGAAGUCAUCCGGGGAGGAGUCUCCCAGCAGAUUCGGGAGUUCGUGGUGGGUGUGUACGAGCCCUUACCCCAGUUGUCGGUACAGCCCAGGGCUCCAGAAACAGAAGAGGGGGCAGCCGAACUGCGGCUGAGCUGCGUGGGGUGGAACCCAGGUAGUGGGGAGCUGAGCUGGAGCAGAGACGGACAUGCCCUGGAGACCCCAGACCCUCGCCUCCGCGCAGAACGGGACCAGCUGCUCAUCUCACGUCCCGUACGCAGCGACCACGCCCGGUACACCUGCCACGUCCGUAGCCCCUUUGGCCACACCGAGGCUGCAGCUGACGUCAGUGUUUACUACGGCCCGGAUGCGCCUAUCAUCAGGGUCUCCUCGGACCGCGACGCCGUCCCUGCUCUCUAUGUUACUGCGGGCAGCAAUGUGACCUUACACUGCUCAGCCCCCUCGCGGCCGCCUGCGGACAUCGCGUGGAGUCUGGCGGACCCCACGGAGGCCGCAGUGCCUGCGGGGCCUCGCCUCUUGCUGCCGGCCGUGGGACCAGGCCACGCUGGCGCUUAUGCCUGCAUCGCCGCGAACCCCCGCACCGGCCACCGCCGACGUUCGGUGCUCAAUCUCACUGUGGCGGAUCUGCCCCCAGGGUCCCCACAGUGCUCAGUGGAAGGGGGUCCUGGGGACCGCAGUCUCCGCUUUCGCUGCUCCUGGCCCGGCGGGGUCCCUGCCGCCUCCCUGCAAUUCCAGGGUCUCCCCGAAGGCGUCCGCGCUGGACCAAUGCCAUCUGCACUCAUGGUGGCUGUCCCGGCUCGCCCGGAGCUCAACGGUGUCGCCAUCACCUGCCUGGCCCGCCACCUGGUGGCCACACGCACCUGCACGAUCAUCCCGGAAGCCCCCGAGGAAGUGCUUCUCCAGCCAGUAGUAGAGGAGACACGGCCAGGCGAUGUGUUGGUGGCAUUGGAGGCCAUUGGCUGUCCCCCACCGUCCAGAGCAUCCUGGGCCCGGGAAGGGCGGCCCCUGGCUCCAGGAGGUGGGGGUCGACUGCAGGUUAGCCAGGAUGGCCGGAAGCUCCUCAUCAACAACUUCAACCUGGACUGGGACCUGGGGAAUUACUCUGUGCUAUGCAGCAGCGCACUGGGCGCAGGAGGCAACCAGAUCACGCUUACCGGGCCCUCCAUCUCCUCCUGGAGGCUGCAGAGAACCCAGGAAGCAGCAGUGCUCACCUGGGACGUGGAGCGAGGCACCCUCCUCACUGGCUUUCACAUCCAGGCAUGGACAGAUGGCUCUAACCUGGACAGAGUCACCAUGAGUAGGGACUGGGUCUCCGUGCUCAUUCUGGGCCCUGAGGAGCGAUCAGCCAUAGUGCCACUCCCUCCUCGAAACCAUGGGACCUGGGCCUUUCGCAUUUUGCCCAUCUUGGGGUCUCUGCCAGGGAUCCCGUCCCAGAGCCGGGUCUACCAGGAAGGCUCUGCCCUGAGUCCAGGGGCCAUCGCUGGCAUCGUCCUUGGUUCCCUGUUGGGCUUGGCACUGCUUGCUGGCCUCCUCUUCCUGUGUUUCUGUUGCCUGAGACGUUUCCCAGGAAGGACAUCUGUGAAAAGGCAGCACUCCCUGACCCUGGCUCCUGUGCUCACCCCACCAGGAAAAAAGAUGCUGAGUUUGACCCCAGUGCAGACCCCACGGUCCCUGCCCAUCGAAACCCAGCUGCAGAGUCCUCACCCAGUUAAGGGCCAACAAGUCAUCAACCCCAGUCCAGCCCCAUGGACUGUUCGGGCAGCCACCCAGGUAUGA